GUAUGAGCUAUUUGAUGUCUAAUUUUGUAGGAUCUAACUGAAACAUCUCUUACUGUCACAUUUUCUCUAAGCACCUUAUGUUGUGUCCUAUUCCUUACGUAGUGUCACACAGGUCCCAUCUCACCAUGUCCAAAUCACAUUGCUAGUAUAUAAAUUAUGCAUAUAUUUCAAAGUUGCACCAAAUAUAAUUAUAUCUUUCAUUGAAAUAACAUGGAUCAUCAUGGAAUUUACACCAAAGAUAUGUCAAAUAAAAAUGUUCUUGAGGUUCCUGUUUCAGCAGAGGAGUUGAAGAUACGAAGCGAGCUUGCAAUGAUGAUUGAAAGAGAUUUAGAAGAGGAGAUUAAGGAAGGUUUAUACAAUCUUGCUCGUCGAUUGCUCCGGAUUUUUCAGCAGAGAAAGGAGAGAGAUGCAAAAGAUGCAGCAUUUGUUAAAGUAGAUAACAAAAUUAGAGCACUUUCUGAGGUGAUUAUAAGGAUGAGAAUGGAAGGAGGAACUAAAAUUGAAAUCAAGGAGGUUAACAAAGAAGCAAAUAAAAAGGGUUGUGCUUUUACACCAAAUUUUAGACCCAAAAAAUGUUUGAAAGAAGUUAAGAAGAUUGAUUGGGAGAAGAGUUUAAGGGCAGGUUCAAGCCCUGUUCCUGUGAAAGGAUCAUAUGUUAGAUCAAAGCAAAAGGAUAAAAUAAUGAUGAGGGGAAAAAAUGCAAGUGAGGAUAAGAAGCUACUUCAAUUGGUGUGGAAGGUUUAAAGCUCAAUUUCUUUGGUUUUAUUUUCUUGCUUUUUUAAAUUGGAUUUUGUAUUUCUUACUAUGCUUAUUAAUUUGGGAUGAAUUUUCCUGAUCGGAUAUGAAUAAAGUUGUUUUGAUGAAAUAACGUAUCAA